AUAGAUUUGCACCAAAAUUUAAGAAUACUUUGCGACUAGUCCAGAUAAUAUAUGCUUUACAUUGAUCAAACGAGCUGAUAUAUAAUAAUAAAGUUAGAUUUAUGUCUUUUUUACAAUUGUGUCUGUUUUGUUUACUUUCAACAGCAUCCUCUACAAAUCAAUAGAUACCAGAAGCUGACAAUCAACUACUAUGCUGAAAGGUCUCGAAUACAAUGAAUCUGAACUAGAUAUCAUCUUAUAAAAGAAAAUUUAUAAUAUGAAUUCUAAAGUUAUAAGCUUAAAAGUAUUCGUCUUCUUGGCGCUUUCAAAACUCUUCUGAACAGUUUCAUACUAGAAAAGAAAACUGACAUGGGUCAAGAACAUUCCAAGCCAGAUAAAGAACAAAGUGAGAAUGAGAAGAACGAUGAUAAGAAAAUACUUUCAGAUAUUGAAAAGGAAAAAAAGAGAAGAGUAAAAGAGUGUAAACAUGAAAAACGCAGCUGUAAAACUUCUCCAGGCUACCAAGAAACAAUGCAGAGUGACAGCUCAUUGCCAGCAAGGGUGCAUUCUGAAGCCAGUUUAUCCGAAACGGAUAAACAAAACACUAAACGUGGAGUUCAGUAUAGCGAAGAAACGGAACAAAAAGAUACAGAAGAGCAUGGAAAUAAAAAUGCUACAAAACACAGACACGUGGAUGAACAAGCUAUGAUACAGUAUAUCGAUAAAAAUAUUGAGAAACGUAUGCAUUGCUUAAGCAGCAAAAUUAAUGAUUGUAAAAGUUGGCUUAGUGAUGAAAAUGCCUCAAAAGAGAGAUUUGACGAGGAAAAUAUGGAAAAUGAUGUCGAGGGAAAAACAGGGGAAAAUGUGCCCGUCGAUUGUAAGAUAAACACAAGUUUAGGGAAAAACUGUUCAUAUGUAACGGCACAUUCAACAAUCACACGGGGAAAAAGUGAAGAUGUAUUUCCAUUGUUGAACAAGACGGAUGAAAUCAAAGGUGAAGACAGGGAAACGUUUGCCAACACGCUUAAAUGUAAAGAAAGAAAUGUUAGUGAUCAAGGAAUCGCGAAUAGACUUGAAGAACUGAGAAAUAAGAGUAAAUAUGUCUAUUUAAAGAAGUGCUUGUCAAUUCACUUCAUGGGAAAAGGAUACUUGUCACUUUCACAGAAGACUGCUUCACUAAAGACCGAGCUGGAUGAUCUUUUCCUAGAAAAAUCGCUGUUGGUUACAUCAAACUGCCGAACCUAUGGCUUCGUAUUUGCACUUGGCGUUCCAAGUACGCAACUGCUACAUUCAUCUGGAGAUCAACGUUUCAUCAAACAUAUUCUUAAGACACCACAUUUGAAAGAUGUUCAUUUACGAGAUGAACAUUUCAGACUGGCUACAUUUAGUUUAUCCCCGGACCGUUAUGAACUUGGGGAAGUACUAAGGCUUUCGGCUAGGGGAUUUUACAAUGAUAUUGAUGGCAGAAUAAGGUGUUUUUCCUGUAGGAAUACUUACAAGUCUUCCCAUUCAAUUGGUCACCAUGCAAAUUGCAUGCAGCAUCGUCAUGAUGGAACAUCAAUGUCGCAAUAUGGGGAAUCCGCCCACAGUAUACUUCUUGCUAACAGAAAUCGUUCACACUAUGUCCACAGCUCAUCAGUCUUCCAACAGAUACGUUUUAGAUUCACGAGAUACACUAUCCGAUUCGGGGAGACACAACAGGUUAUCUCAGAUAACAUUGUCACAAAUAGAGAGGAAGAAGACGAUGAGGGCAUUUCUGUUAGACAGAAUGCAAGCCUGCAAUCACAAAACGGCCAAUCAAAUACUGUAGUUUCAUUGUCAGAAAGCAGCCCUAACCAUCAAGUGGAAGCCCACCAAUUGCAUGACACAACAUCUGUACAAAACAGCGAGGAGUAUUCUUGUGGAUACAGAAAUGCUGGUGUGUUUCAUAGACGUACAAUAGAUCAUCCAUCGUGUCAACAUAAUGGUUCGCAGAUCCAAGGAAGCCGCCAGUCAGAGAAUGGUCAGAGAACUAUAAAGGAAGAUGUAAACCGGAAACAGGCACACGGCACUACCUUUUUCUGUGGGAGAGCGAUGCCACAUCCUCCUUGCCAAAUAGAAAGUAACUUGGCAAAUGAUGUUAGUCCUGCAUCUAAUACUGUCACAAAUACAGAGAGCUUGGAAGAGGAGAACAAUUACACGAGAUCACGGUUGUGGUGUCGCAAGUGUCAGAGACGUCAUUGUAAUAUAGUUAUUAUACCAUGCGGACAUAUAGUUGUCUGUGAUAAUUGUAUUACAAACACAACAGAAUGCCCGAAAUGUAAAAAAAUGGUCGAACAAGCACAUAGAAUCAAUCCUUCUGAGUGA